AUGUCGAAGAUGCUGUGCCUGCUGAAUGCUCCCACGGUUGCCAAGAAACUUGGCAAAAAGUGCAGAGAGCCCAAGCUGGAGAUGCUUGAGGCGCUCAAGUUUUGUGCGCUCAACCUGAACAAGAAGUCACCGACCCUCGCCGAACGGGAGGUGGAAGAUGAGCACAACUGCGAUUUUCUCAUGGGCUUUUUGGCCCUUUUUGCUCACGACCUGCCCACACCAGGGGAGAUGCAGGUGGCACUUUGCAUCGCCAGCCAGAAGUACAACUUGAAUCCCGGCCUCAAGGGGUUUGCACAGCACUGUGAAGCUUUGCUGCAUUUAUUCCAGAUAGAUUCCAGCCCUUUCCGCCAAUUGAUGUUUGCAGCAUGCCUCCAGUCGGAUCAUGAGGACACACAAGUUCCGGAAAGCCCCUGCACCCCGGGUUCAGGAGUGAAGCCUGAAUCUGGAUUCCACACUUUGGAUUUCGAGGAAGCCAGCAUGCAGGAAGAAGGGCAGGAGGAAGAGACACCCACAGAUGAUGAGUGUAUGCUUGUGACUCCUGUUGAAGAGGAUGCAAAUGCAUUGGAGGAGUGCCUCCAGGAGUUUGAAGAUCAUGAUGAGUGUGAAGAUCAUGAUGAGUGUAAAGAUGAAGAGGCUUCCCAAAGUGCGGGUGAAAUGUGCGGAGAGGAGAAGAAAAAAGGCAAAGACGCGGAAGAGACCACUGCUGCCAUGAAGGUGGACGUUGCAUUGGGUUUGAUAGAUGACCGGAAGCCAUUGACAGAGAUGCCAGAAGUUUCUGAGACGCUGGAAGAGCAGGCAAAAGCCUCCUUGAGGCGUUUGAAUGCCAUGGAACCAGGAGAGGCCAUGGAUGAGGAAGGGGAAGAAGGAAAUGAGAAGCCUUCUAAGAGAUCGGCUGCUGGCUGUGGUAAAGGCAAGAAGUUGAGGAAAAAGAAAACAAAGAGGAAUUUGAGCAAGGCAUUGGAGGCAGCAAGAGCGCCGAAGGAGGCUGAGGGAAGCAAGGGCUCAGAAGAGCAGAAGGAUCAGGAUAAAGAGAAGGAUGAGGAUGAAAAGGAGGAUGAGGAAAAAAAAAAGACUGAGGAAAACCCUGCCAAGUCCAAGAGGUCUGCCAAAGCUGGUCCAAAGGCUGGAGCCCCGAAAAAAAAGACAAAGACAGGCGAGCCCCCAGCUGCCACCCAAGAUGCCGCUGCCAGCCAGCCCGAGCAAACUGCAAAAGAGCCGGAGGCUCCGGAGGACUGA